GAAAUAUUAAUACACAUCCACAUUUGCCGAUGAAACGUCAAAAGUCACAAGAAAAAGGCCAAAUUGUAUUGUUUCGUUAACGUGACUGCACGAGUUAGUAAAAUUGCAACAAAAUGUCUGGUCGCGAAGGUGGUAAAAAGAAACCAUUGAAGGCACCGAAAAAAGAAAGCAAGGAGAUGGAUGACGAUGAAAUUGCCUUCAAGCAAAAACAAAAGGAAGCACAGAAAGCGCUCGAGCAAGCGAAACAGCGUGCGUCACAAAAGGGUCCAUUGGUGGGAGGUGGAAUCAAGAAAUCGGGAAAGAAAUGAUACUACCGCAGGCAUAUUUGUGAAUCGAUUAAUGUUCAUUACUACAUAAAUGUUGCACGUCUAACACAGAUGCAAAACAAAAAAAUAUGUAAAAUUGCCGAGUAAAAGCAGACUUUAUUUAAUA